GUAUGAGAGAUUCACCUUCUACGCUACUAGUGCUGUGUGCCUGCCUGGCCUUAGCUCAAGGACAGCUAACUAACAUCACUAUAACUGUCUUCAUAAGUGGGCUCAGUACAAACACAACAGAUCAAGGUCAAGACAAAGUGGUUUUUGUCAGGGACUUGGAUGGGCGACAGUUCCAAGCAGCAGUGGACCUGGCUGUAGAAGCAGUUAACAAUCAUUCUCAAAUACUAGAGGGCUACAAUCUGCAAGUAGAAUAUGUUGAUUCACAGUGCUCAGCUGGGUCAAGUGUUCAAGGUUUCAUUGACCAAAUCUUUGACCCAACUGGGAGACUCCUCAUCAUUGGCUCUGACUGUUCCACGGCAACAGAGCCAGUUGCUGAGCUGGCACCUUUCUGGGGACUAGUGCAAAUAUCUCCUCUCUCUUCUGGCCCUAAUUUGGUGGCAGUGGACUCUCCUUUCACAACCUUCCUUCGUCUUGUUCCCUCAGAUACAGCAGCUGCAAUAGGCGUGGUCUCACUGAUGGAGCAGUUCAACUGGACACGACUGGGGCUAAUCACUCAACAAGAAUUAUCAUUCACCUCUACCGCCAGCCGUCUGAUGGAACUGUUUGAGGAGAGGAACUUCACCACAUACAGCCACACCUUUAACACGGGUGAAAACCCAGUGAACACUUUCCGCAAUUUAUUGAAUUCUCCUGCAAGAAUUAUCUUCCUCAACGUUUACCCGUCCUACGCACUCGAAAUACUCUGUCAGGCACAUCGGAUGGGCCGUACAUUCUCUGAGGGCUACCUAUGGCUGCUCUACUCUUGGUACCCUCAGGAGUGGUGGACAACUGGCGCUGUCUAUGACACUACUUGUCGGUCAGAGGAAAUCCAGAGUGCUCUGGACCAUGCCAUUAUCAUUGACUACUUGCCUUUGAGUGAUGAGGCCGAGGGGAGGGAAGAAGAGACAGAUGCUGGCCUAACCCGUGCCCAAUACGAGAGACUGCUCAGGGAGCGAAUAGAUGAAGUAGGUGCAGAUGACUCUUUCUUCAACCUUACACACCUCUAUUUUGAUGCUGUGCUCAUGGGAGCCCUUGCACUCAACACUACAAACGCAAUGUACAAUAUCUCCAUGUUCAACUAUAACACUACGGACAUGGUCUCUAUCAACAUUACCAAUACAAUACUGGCAGCUGCAAUGGGACGGAGUUUUAUGGGUGUCUCAGGGUUAGUGAACCUUGGGGGUAACAGAGAGAUUGCUCCUGUCAUUAGUUUCCGUCAGUACCGAACGAGUGGCAACCAACAACUGGUGUCCAUUUUCAUUGGGAACGAUUCUUACUUUCAGAAUGCAGAUGAAGUAUUUCCCUCUCCUGGAACUCCAACUGAUGAGCAAUAUGUUUUCAUCUCUGAACCCUUGUUCAUCGUCUACACCAUCUUAUCCUGUGUGGGCAUCCUGUUUGCGUUUGUAGUGGCUCUCUUUCUUUGUGUCUUCAGGCAACGAACGGUGAUCAAGCUGUCUAGUCCCCUACUGAAUAUGCUCAUCAUUGGUGGUACAGUAUUGUUCUAUAUUGACGUCAUCCUGUUCGGUAUCGACAUAGGAACCUCCCCCUUUUCUACCGUCACUGCUCUCUGCAUGAUUCGACUAUGGGUGACCACCUUCUCUUUCUCCCUCCUGUUCGGUCCCAUCUUUCUCAAGAUCUGGAGAGUCCAUUACGCCUUCUUCUCCAGAAAUAGAGACAAGAAACGAAAAGUGAAGAUUGUUCCAGACUGGGUAUUGUUUAUUGCCAUGGGAGUCUUGCUAACGGCCGAUGUGUUCUUCAUGCUCUUUGUGACAGUCUUUCCUGAUGCUAGACUAAGCCUGGAAAAUCAGAACCUUGAAGUCUCUGUAACCUCACCAGACCUACCACAAAUAAUUGGCGUGUGUAUUGCUCCACAUUCGACUAUUUGGAUAAUAGUUUUGUUCGUCUACAAGGGGCUCCCCCUACUGAUUGGACUGUUCCUGGCUUUCGAAACAAGAAAUGUUAAAAUAAGACAACUGAACGAUUCCAAAAUAAUUGGAAUGUCUGUCUACUGUGUAGCCAUUCUCUCAUUUGCGGCGGCCAUAAUAGGAUAUCUUAUACAAACACCUGAUGUCUUCUAUGGUGUUAUUGGGAUUCUCAUCAUUGUGUGCAACACCACAGUCCUUUGCUUACUUUUGAUACCAAAGUUCUAUGCUUUGUGGAAGGAUCCAGAGGGCUUGCGAGUUUUAUCCUCUCCACAGCCACAGCAUUCAUCUGAAGUAUUUGACACAAUUUCAGGGCUCAGUGAUGAAGUUAAAAAACUAAAGCAGGAAUUGAAUAGGCUGAGCAGUCCACCUGCUGAAGGGAACAUGUCAAUAGACGAUCGAUCGAGGACUAUUGAUGACAGUUUCAAGAUUGAUGACAGCAACGGGGGUAAUGUUCAAGUACUAGUCGACAAGAAAACUGUUCAUUUUACCCCAUCAGUCAACAAUUAGGCAAUUAGGUAGAACUCUUUGUAGUGUGACACCCUUUGCACCAUUAUUAUGGUGCCCAGAAAAUAUCAGUCAAUUUUUCUUUCUUGUUUAAAACAUUUCACAAAAAUAUUGUAUACUAUAAUUAUAAUUAUAAUGAGUGAAUAAAAAAACUUGAAUUAACAAUUAA